AAUCAAUAUACAAACAAUAUAUAUUGUAUAAAUAUAAUACAUAUUAUAUGUAUUAUAUAAACAACACAUAAGCAAUAUCCUAAUAAAUUAUGAAUAUUAUGACUGAAUAAUAAACUAUGAAGUGCUAUACAGUUCAGAACUUCAGAGAAGUGUAUUGGUGAUAUGCUAAUUGAAUAUAGUUUUUAAACAUGAGGAGUACCUCAAGCAUGUUGCAUGGUCUAGAAAUCAUCCCCUGUGGUUCAGGUUGUAUAGCAGGAGGCUUGGGGUGCCUUACCACCUGCCUGUUUUGCCCAAAUUAUUUAAUGAACGUGAACCUGUGCACCAGAGUGCCCCCUUUUCAACUUUUGAGCACCUGCCUCUCAAAAAGUCUGUGCACAACGAUGCAGCACUCCCUCGCCAUCAGUAUUGUAACAAAAACAGGAAAUACUAAUAAAAAAUUAAUAAAUGAGCACUUUAAUUAGUUUGGAGGUUUUGGAACUGAACACUAGGAAAACAAAUCGGUCUGACAUUCUGCUUCUUGCCAGGUAGGGAAGCAGGUUACUAUAUUAGUUUACAUGCAUACAAAAUAAAUACGGCACGUAACAAUGCGCUUCCCUAAAGGACUACAGCGUCAGUGUUGUUGCCAUGGUAACCAGGGUUACGGUUCGUUUUCGCACGGAAAUAAAACCUGAAAAUCGGACUUGUAACUUCGCCAAAUAGCGAUCUUCUAAGAUGAAUCGGUUGCAAAUUCUUAUUGAUGAUUGCCUAAUAGGAACUAAACAUGUAGGAAGCGCUGCAAUCUUGACCAUAAAAAACGCGAGUGUCGCCGCAGCGACGGCUAGAUUUAAUAUUCUUCCACAGGUCCAGAUGUUUAUUGAUUGUUUCAAGCACUCUGAAGUCACUAGGGAAAGGGGUCUCUCCUUCCAGGACAAAUCCUACACAUGUGUCAGAGCUGACAGGAACUCCGUGUACUCCAAAUCCAAUGCACAAGGUCUCAUACUUGUGAAGACAUCAUUAUACAUCAUUGUGGCCACCUACAAUGAAAACAUGUACCCUAGUGUUUGUGUUGAAGCCGUUGAGAAGCUAGCUGACUAUCUUAGAGAAAAAGAAAAAUGAAGAUGUGGAUGUUGGAUUCAUUGAUAAGACGGUGAAUAUGGAAGAGUCAUUGUAGAAGAUGUGUGUAUUACAUGCUGUGUUACAUUCUGAGAGAAAAAGCAGAUUCAUUCAUACAGUAUGUC